AUGUGGAUAAAAGUAAAAGGACAAAUAAUUCCCAUUGCACUUUACCGUGGUGCAGAAUACCUGCACUGUGACUUGGACACUCAUAGGAAAGAGAACGCCAGGUCCGCGGGUCCCAGCCGCGGGGGGAGAGGACGGCGCGGAAGGAAGGAGGGAGCCGGGUGCGUGGCCAAGCGCGGGAGGGGGUGGGGACUGAGGGGCGGUGCCUGCGUGCGCCGCCGUCGCGUCACCAGCGUGCGGCACGUGCCCGUGUUUACGUCCCUCGUGGAGCAGCCGACGUCAGCAGCCGAAUGGCAACAUUGUGGCGAUGCUGAGGCGCCGAGUCUAGGAGACGCGUUCGUCAGUCAGGCCCGCGCGGUUGGUCGCCAGGAGGAGGAGCUGGGGCGGGGAGAUCGGCUGGACGAGCGGCAGAGACCCACACACGCCGCCGGCCGACCCCGCGGGACCCGCGCCUCGCCUCCGGAGCGCCACAGACGCGGACCCGCGGCCUCGCGCGGGGGGCAGCCGGGCGGCUCGAGGCGCUGCGCAGGGACCCGAGGGCCGGGCAGUCCGGCCGGUAAGGGCCGGGCCGAGGCCACUGGCGCUGCGACUCCGGUGAGGAGCCCCGGGCCUCGGCGGAGCCCAGCCUGGGCGGAGGGCGACUCUCCGCGGAGCGCGCGCAGUCAUCGCGGGGACCCGCUGCUGCGGAGUCCGGCCGGCAGAGGGGCGGAGAGUUCGUUGAAGAGCCCCGUGCGGGCCAAGCCCACCCCGGCCCGGAGGGGAUCUGCAGGCAGAGAUGCGGCGCCUGCGGCAGCCCCGCCGACGCCCAGGGAAGCUCCGGUGUCCUCGGUGCGGUUAGUGGGCGCCUCUGGGGCGGUCUCCGAGGAGAUCGAGGUGCUGGAAAUGGCGAGGGAGGAUGAGGCGCCCCUUGGGCUCCCGGACGCGGAGCAGCCGCCGGCCUCCGCCGAGCUGGAGUCUCCGGCCGAAGAGUGCAGCUGGGCCGGGCUCUUCUCCUUCCAGGAUCUGCGCGCCGUGCACCAGCAGCUGUGCUCCGUGAACUCGCAGUUGGAGCCGUAUCUGCCCGUGUUCCCCGAGGAACCGUCGGGCAUGUGGACCGUGCUGUUCGGGGGCGCCCCCGAGAUGACAGAACAGGAGAUCGACACUCUGUGUUACCAGCUCCAGGUGUACCUGGGCCACGGCCUGGACACCUGUGGCUGGAAGAUCCUCUCCCAGGUGCUGUUCACCGAGACCGACGAUCCCGAGGAGUAUUACGAGAGCCUCAGCGAGCUGCGACAGAAGGGCUACGAAGAAGUGCUGCAGCGGGCCAGGAAGCGCAUCCAGGAGAGGGCUAGGAAGGAAUACUGGGAGAAUCUUUGGAUAGCCUCAAGCAGGGCAUACAACCCUUCGAUGUCAAAAUCAGAUGCCUGGGGAGUGACCACAGGAACAGCCAAGCUGAUGCAGGAGAAAGAAGCUACAACUGAGCAGCAGCUGAAAGAACACUUUGAAAGACAGAAAUUCAUAUCUACACAGUAGCCUCAAUGGAACCAGUUUUUGUUGAAUUUCUGUAUGUUUGGGCCACAGUUCCUACAAAUAAGGAAAAGAUGGUUAAAAAAUGCAAACCUGGACUUAUAAGUGGUAUUAGUGGAUUGAAACAAAAUUGCAAAUAGCACUUGACAAUUUUUAAAGUAUGUUUUAGAAGUUUAUUUAGAAGUAAAAUAAAUAGGAAGAAAACUUUAAGCAGGUUUACUAAGCACCCACCAAGAAUAAGGUAUUAUGGAAAUUACUGUGGCAAAGACAGAGUAAUUCAGAUGCUAAUCCCACUUCAAGAAGUUGGUAGACUAGCAGGGAGGAUAAGAUGUGAACUGUCACAUAAAUGACUCAGCAACCAGCCAGGGACAAAUAAAGUGCUAUGGAAAGUGGCUUCAAACCUCCUUUGAACAUGACCCUUAGUAAGAAACAAUUUUAUAGUGACCUAGGAAAACACAUAACUUACAACUAUUGAAAUAAAAUGUGUGACCCAUUCUGGUAUUUUGUAUUCCUUUCCAUCCUAUUUCAUUAAUAAAACAUGCUGGUUGAGACCCUUCA